AUGUCGUCUGGCGUUGUACGCUCUACCGCCCUCAGGGCUGGAGGUGCUUGCGUGCGCUGUCGCAAAGGCAAGACAAAAUGCGUCUAUGAAAAUGGUAGAGCACCAUGCAAGAACUGCGCAAAGGGAAUGCAUGACUGCUAUCUGCCUUCAGAGAGCAUGGCUCAUCACCACGGCCAAAGCCCAGCGCGACACGCCAAUCCUCAUCGGCCACCUCGCGACAGUCUUCCUGCUGCAGGACCUGGCGUUGUUGCUGAAACGCGACAGCCCGUGGUAGGCUCCAGUGCUGCUCGUCAUGUCCAGACAGGUUCUGAUAAGCUCACACCCGAACUGAUCGCCGAGAGUUCUCCGAGUCUGAUCCGCCGAUAUGGAGGUCCUACUCAAGCUGCAGAGACAUUUGCUGCCAAGGCUAUGACCCUCAUCAACCAAAACUUGGACCAUCCUAACCUCGUCGACAUCCAGGCUCUGUGCUUGAUCAUUAUCCACGAAUGGGGCUCGCGGAAUGCCGUUCGUGCCUACAUCUACUUGGGGCAAGCGGCACGCAUGGUUCAGAUGUAUCGCAUCUUGAACAGCCAUCAUGCGUCCCCCGAUGGUGAUAUGUUCUUGCGGGAUGAAUCUCUUCGGCGUACUGUUUGGCUUAUCUACAUCUUGGAUUGCCUUCUGACUAGCACACCGGGACGUUUUGCAGCACUGUCACCCCUCGACACCGCAGAUGUGCCUUUGCCUUGCUCCGACAUCAACUUUGCAUUUGGUAACGCUGUCUUUGUUAAGACCCUGCGACAGCAGCUUGAUCCUACUGCCGUUCCACCUGGCCAACCACCAUCUGAGAUCGGAGAGUUUGGUUACAUAGUCUUAGCAUCGACAAUCUGGCGUGACGUUGUUGGAAUGCUUACCACUACUACUCUCGCGAGUUUCCGCGAGGAGGAAUGUGGCGAUUUAAUCGCCAAGAUCGAGGGUCUCCGAGCUUCUUUGCCCAUGCAGUUCGUGGACAAGCCGGGCCAGAUCAACCUCCAUAUGACGAUGGGCUCUGGCUACACCUUUGCCAUGCUUCACUGCCUUCUACAUUGCGCAACGAUCUUUGUCCAUCGAAGGCGCCUGCUGCAGGAAGUUACCUCAGUCAACUUCAACCUGGAGUCAUUCCGCCUCAACGCGCGAUGUCACGAUAUCAUUGAUCGGCUCUUUACUUCCUGUCACGGCACGAUCUCUCUACUCACCGCUGUCGAGGCAGGUUCUGAGAAGGACCACACCCCUUGCUUUCCGAUCUUCAUGCUGUUUUCAGCUUUUACAGCCAGCGCCACUGUUGCCUACCUUUCUCUCAAGGGCCUCACACCGCCCAACGCUGUCGAGACCGCCGCUCACAUUGUCAAGGAUGGCUUACGAUUUAUGAGUGAUGGUACUGAGAACUGGCCUCUGAUGGGCAGCUGGCUUCGACACCUCACCGUCAUGCAAAGGGUGCUUAAUAACGAUGCUGCAGCUGCUAAUGGUGGCUCCUUGCGCCAUGGCUCGACAUCUCACGCUGUAGGUGUUAAGGACGAAAUCUCAUCCAACGCCGAUACCAACCCGGAUGCGAUGGACUAUGACCAGCAGACGAACCAUGCAGGUAGCGUCUCAGGCCAAGGCAACCCUCGAUCUGUCUCAGAGUCUGUUCGCGGCGAUAGUGAGCCUCCUGUAGUUCUGGCAAGGCGACCUGGCGUUACAACUAUCAACGGUUCUGGAGGAGCAUCCACGCCCACCACAAUUUCGCCACCGCCGUCCAAUACAAUCCACGGAACAGUACCCGAUAUCAAACAGCAACCUAGCCCAGAAAUGGCAAAUGGGAUUGUGCCUCCCCAGGAUGGACAGACGACGAGCCAGGAUAUGACUGCACCAGAGCUUUGCCAAGCCUUUGAGCGACAACUCCUUGAUCUGGACGAUCUUGCGGCUUUCAUGGGCGGAGGUGUUUAG